GCUGAGUCUCACUUAUUUGUAUCUCAAGCUCAGGGCGGAGAGAACAGCCUCACGCCCUUAUUUGGUGCUUGAGAGGGUCACAUGACCACAAAAUGGUGGAGACUCUCGGCAGUGGGUAAGCCGAGCAUCCCUGACGCUGAGAGAUACAGGCACACAUCCAUGAUCUGAAACCCAGGGCAGGAGAUAGAACUGUGCCUCAGCCUUGGUGGUGAGUGCAUUUUCCCCUUCUGGCAAUGUGGGGAUGGACCAGACUCAUGAACGAAAGAUGAGCUUUGAAGGUGCAGAGAGUAGACCAGCUCCACCCACCUCCUUGCCCCUACAGGGCCAAGGGGGUGUGACUUCUCAGAGGAAGAAGCUGUCCGCUCCUCGUAUUAGUCUAUCAUUGGACCAAAGUGAGGAUGACCUGUUUGACACACCAGAUGACCUCGACAUCAAUGUGGAUGAUCUAGACACACCUGAUGAAGCGGAUUAUACUGACCAUGAAAUAGACUGGGAAGAGCCUCAAGCAUCCCAGAGAGAUUCUGUAAAAGAAACAGUUGAGCCCAUUCCCACAUACAGUGCUGAAGAAGAGCGGCAGGAUUCCAAACUCUGGAGAACUGUCAUCAUUGGAGAGCAAGAGCACCGCAUCAACAUGAAGAGCAUUGAACCUUACCAAAAAGUCAUAUCCCAUGGAGGCUACUAUGGCAAUGGUGCAAAUGCCAUCAUUGUGUUUGCAGCAUGCUUCCUCCCUGACAGUGACAGAGAGGACUAUCACGAGAUCAUGGAAAACCUCUUUCUGUAUGUUAUCAGUACACUAGAGCUCAUGGUAGCAGAGGACUACAUGAUCAUCUAUCUGAAUGGAGCCACUCCACACCGGAGGAUGCCUGGCCUCAACUGGCUUAAGAGAUGCUACCAGAUGAUUGACAGGAGGCUUAGAAAGAACUUAAAAUCUUUCAUUAUUGUUCACCCAUCAUGGUUCAUUAGGACAAUUCUAGCCAUCACAAAACCAUUUAUCAGCUCAAAGUUUAGCAGUAAGAUAAAGUAUGUGAACAGCUUAGCUGAACUGGAGGAGCUCAUCCCAAUGGAGUACGUCCACAUACCCGAGUGCAUCAUCAGACUGGAUGAGGAGUUACGGGAAGCAGCAGAGAGCUCUAAAAUCAACAGCUUUCUACAAGGAAGUGAGAUUCCACAAGGAUCCAUAGCUCAACCCAAUGCGAGCAGUUCAUAAGAGCCGUUGGCUGUGGGUGCAAGAACAAUAUGUCUGUAAAGGUUUUGAGUAUUUCAAAUUGUAAUGAUUGCACACUGAAGUGAAUGCAAUAAUUACUUCUAAUAAGAGAAAAGGGUAUUUUUGGUAUCUCACAGUGCUGAGAUGAUUAAAGCAGCACCACAUAUUCUUUAAAACAAAUCACCUCAAAUAUAAUAAUUCCUCUCACAUUUCAAUUUGCACCACAGAACAGUAGCUCAAUCAGUAGUUCAAUGCUUGAAACAUUCUUCGUCUCCUAUCGUCUUGCAAAAGUUUCUCUUGUUACUUGAAUUAUGCAUGAGAGGCAUUUUAGCAAUAAUAUUAUGUUGUACUUUCCCCCUUUAGGCUCAUAAUUUUCACAGUCAGGUAUUUUCUAAUUGGAGCAUGUAUAAAAGGAAAAAUAGGCAAAGAAUCCUUUCACUUCAGUUGCUCUGUAUUAAUAUUAAUGCAUGCAAGUUUAUUCUAAACACAAAGAUAAUGCGUAGCAUCCUGUUAGCACCAAUGCUAACUCUCUACCCUCUCAUGCUAAAUUGAUGACUUGGGGAAAUAGAAGAUAGAGCACUCUAGAGUUACUUAUUUCCUUUGUAAGAAACAAUAGGAGUCAGGUAUGAAUUUAAACUCAGCCUCAUAUCACUUUAUGUAUCAGUUCAAAAUCAGCAGAGAGAAAUCUCUGUAAGUAGUUCUUAAAUGUGAAGUGUGUUAUGUUGAAAUGCUUUCUCUAUUGCAUUAAAGGGUUAGUUCACCCAAAAUUUUAAAACUUGUCAUCAAUUACUCACUCUUAUGUCGUUACAAAGUUUUUUUAAAUGGAAUCUAGAGAUUUCUGUCCCUCCUUUGAGUCCACACAACUACUUUGACACUCCAAAAGUUCAUAAAGAGAUUGUAAAACUUGAAAUGACAUGAGGGUGAGUAAUUCAUUACAGUUUUUUACAUUUUUGUUUAAGCCCUUCAUAGAUUGAAUCUUUGAACAAUGUAGCAUUAAGCAUUUUGUUACUCUUUCAAAGCAUUGUUUCAUAACAGUUAUUGCAGUCAAACAUGUCUGGCUCAACUUUGAACGGUAGUGGAUAUUGCCACAAGAGGUAGCCUCAGAAUGUUUGUGAAACCCGAUGUUUGCUAACAUAAAUAUGAUAGUGUGCAACAGUGCUCACUUUUUCAGCGGCCUGGGUUCUGAAAGUAUUUUUCCCACUCAUUUUCAAGAACUACAUUUUCAUGAAGCAUUGUGAAAGAAAUAAUCAAAUUAAAAAUGUAUAUAUAUAUAUAUAUAUAUAUAUAUAUAUAUAUAUAUAUAUAUAUAUAUAUAUAUAUUACACACACACACAAAGUAGGUCAUCUUUAAUGUUUUUAAAUCAAGUUAGUGCUAUUGGUGCCACUAGGGGCGCCAGAAUGACACACUUCACCUUUAAGAAUCAUAAGCCAUGUAGUAAUGCAUUAGAUGUUCUUGUGCUUAAAGCACUAAAAUCAGUCCUAGAUGUUUCAGAACUUUGAUGUCUUAUUGAGUGUUUGCAUUGUAUAAAGGUAAAAAUAGUUGCCACAAUCAAAGGUCUGUCAAAUCCUAAGAGCAUGCUGUUUCAGAGGUUUUCAUGUUCGUUGUGACUGAUCUGUCUACCUUCAAACACCUCUUGUGUCAGUGUGUGAGAGUGUGUAUGUGUAUAGGUUUGUAUUUGAGUGUGUGAUUGUUUGUGAAUGUGUUUAUAUGCUGUACGGUACCAAGUUCUUCCUGCUAACAGGUUUGGGAACUAAAAUAAAGGGACUUUAAAAGAUUGCCUAAAUUCAAAUGAAGUGUGCAAGUGUGUAUGUGUGUGUGUGAGUGUAUGUGUGAAUAUUUGAGAGACAUUAUGUUUGUGAUUGUAUCACUGCAUGUGUCCCUGGUUGUUGACAUUAGAUCCUUUUAGACAGAAAUUCUAUCGAAGAAUAUAAAUAGAUGAACUUUAAUCCAGAGGCCUUCUCCAGCAGAGCAUAUUGAGAUUGAGAUGUAUGUUGUAUUGCAGAGUAAUAUCAAUAAAUUUAAUUCAUAUCUGAA